CGUGCGCUGGCCGUCCGGUCUGGCCGUACAGGCCCGCGGACCCCACAGACCGGAAGGAGGCGUGCACCCUCUCCGCUCAGCCCCGCACGCCCUGGGCAGAGGCUCGGGUGCGUUUUCCGUGGCGCCUCGCUGCACCGUAAGUGGAUGGUGCUGCCAGGGACUGCGGACUGCCCAGCGAGAAAGACACGGGGUUUUUGCUCCGGCCUCGCUGGAUCAAGCGAAGCCUGUCCAGCCUCCCAGCAUGGUCUGAUUCCUGACGAACUGCCUGUCUGUAUCGCUGCCGUUUCUCUUCUGUUUUCCCCACUAGACCCUUGGCUUGUCGUUGAUUUGUGUGCUGUUUGUUUCGAAGUCUCCGCUGUCGCACGUUUUGUGUGUUGUCAGCGCACUGCACCCGCACCGUUUCCCCAGGUGGGAGCCGUUAUUACAGCGUGUCACGGAGAAGAGCGCAGAGCUGGCCCGCGUUUCUGCGCAUGGGUGCCGGAGUCGUGCCAGAGUCCACCGGAGGCGCUGAGGGUGAGAACCCGCCCUCCCGCCUGGAGGCCGCAGGCUCCGCGGUCGAGAAUCGCAGAGCCAGCGACUGGGCGGGGCGCGGCCGGGGGCAGAGCCGAUUCUGAGGAAGUGCGGCAGCGCGCGGCAUUCUGGGACCGGAAGUGCGGCGCACGCGGUGAGCUCAGCGUCAUGGCGGCCGCGCGGGGCCGCAGGAGGCGCCUGGAGGAGCUGACGGUGGACGAGUUCCUGGCCUCGGGCUUCGACUCCGAGUCGGAGUCGGAGCCCGAGGGCUCCCGGGAGGCGGCGACGCGGAAGGCGCGCGGACGCGGAGCUGCGCGGCGCCCGGAGGCAGGCAGGGGCCCCGCGGCCAGUGGGCGUAAAGGCUCUGCCUCUGAGCACAAGGACCAGCUCUCUCGUCUGAAGGACAAAGACCCAGAGUUCUACAAGUUCCUGCAGGACAAUGACCAGAGUCUACUAAACUUCAGUGACUCCGACAGCUCUGAGGAGGAAGAGGAGCAGUUCCACUCCUUGCCAGAUGCACUGGAGGAGGCGAGCGAGGAGGAAGAUGGAGGAGAGGAUGGGGACAGAGUCCCUGGAGGACUGCAGCGGAAGAAGAGUGAGUCUGUUCCUGUGACCCUCACCAUGGUGGAGAGAUGGAAGCAGGCUGCAAAGCACCUCACUCCCAAGCUGUUCCAUGAAGUGGUGCAGGCGUUCAGAGCAGCUGUGGCUACCACCCAAGGAGACCAGGAAGGAGUUGAGGCCUGCAGGUUUCAGGUUACAGACAGUGCUGUGUUCAACGCUCUGGUCACCUUCUGCAUUAGAGAUCUCUUUGGCUGCCUCCAUAAGCUGCUGUUUGGAAAGGUCCCAAAAGAUAGCAGCAGGAUCCCGCAGCCGUCCAGCAGUGCACUCUGGGGCAGACUCCGUGUGGACAUCAAGGCAUACCUGAGUGCAGUCAUGCAGCUGGUGACCUGUCUGGCAGAAGCGACGGUGUCAGCAGCUGUCCUGCAGCACAUCAGCAGCCUGGUGCCCUACUACCUGACCUUCCCCAAGCAGUGCCGCAUGUUGCUUAAGAGGAUGGUGGUUCUGUGGAGCACGGGUGAGGAGUCUUUGCGGGUGCUGGCCUUCCUUGUCCUCAUCAGAGUCUGCCGGCACAAGAAGGACGUCUUCCUGAGCCCUGUCCUGAAGCAAAUGUAUAUCACAUACGUGAGGAACUGCAAGUUCACCUCCCCAGGCACUCUGCCCCUCAUCAGCUUCAUGCAGCGGACGUUGACUGAGCUGCUUGCCCUGGACCCUAGCAUCUCCUAUCAGCAUGCCUUCCUCUACAUCCGCCAGCUCGCCAUCCACCUGCGCAGUGCCAUGACCAUGGGCAAGAAGGACACGUACCAGUCUGUGUACAACUGGCAGUAUGUGCAUUGCCUCUACCUGUGGUGCCGCGUCUUGAGUACCCUCAGCUCCAGCGAAGUCCUCCAACCCCUGCUGUACCCUCUCUCGCAGGUGGUCAUUGGCUGCAUCAAGCUGGUCCCCACUGCCCGCUUCUACCCCCUGCGCAUGCACUGUGUGCGCGCCCUAACGCUGCUGUCAGAGAGCUCCGGCACCUUCAUCCCAGUGCUGCCUUUCAUCCUUGAGAUUUUCCAGCAGGUGGACUUCAACAAGCGACCUGGCCGCAUGAGCUCCAGGCCCAUCAACUUCUCUGUGGUCCUGAAGCUAUCUAAUGUCAACCUGCAGGAAAAAGCAUACCGGGAUGGCCUAGUGGAGCAGCUGUAUGACCUCACCUUGGAGUACCUUCAGGGCCAGGCCCACAGUAUUGCCUUCCCCGAGUUGGUGCUGCCCGCUGUCUUGCAGCUCAAAUCCUUCCCGGAGUGCAAGGUAGCCAACUACUGCCGGCAGAUGCGCCAGCUGUUGGAGAAGGUGCAGGAGAAUGCAGAGCACGUCUGUAGUCGUCGCCAGAGGGUCUCCUUUGGUGUUUCUGACCAGCUUGCAGUGGAUGCUUGGGAGAAACAGGCCCGAGAAGAGGGAACCCCACUCACCAGAUACUACAGCCACUGGCGGAAGCUGAGGGACCGUGAGAUCCAGCUGGAGAUCAGUGGCAAAGAGCGGCUAGAAGAUCUGAACUUCCCAGAGGUCAAACGGCGGAAGGUAGAGGACAGGAAGGACGAGGACAGGAAGGAGUUUAAAGACCUCUUUGACCUGGACAGUACUGAGGACGAGGAGACCACAGACUUCUCUGGGAGAGGGACACCUGGGUCCCUCGGAACUCGGCAGGGACUGGAGGGGGAAGAAGAUGAGGAUGACCAGAAGGAUGAGGAGGACAGCAGCAACUCAGAGGGUGAGCCAGAGACAGAGGCAGAGCUGGACCCUGGUGAGCUGUGGCAACUGGCCCAGGGGCCCCAGGAUGAACUAGAGGAUCUACAGCUCUCGGAGGAGGACUGAGGGUCUCCUGCAGUACCCCAGAGGCCUUGAGGCCAGUGUCCGUGCUGCAGGAGGGUAGAAGAUAGUGGACAGUGCUUUAUUGUUGGAGCACGACAGACCAGAUGUACCAAGAGAUGUGCUGACCUGGGCAAUAGGAGCUGGCACUCUGCAGGAAGCUGGCCCUGCUGCCAGGUCAGAGCAGCCCGCUCCAGAGGUGGCUCCACGGUUUUCCUGUAUUCCUUUUGUCUUUGGUUUGUCUGUAGACCUUUGCAGUCACCCCAGAAAGUCCUUUGAAAACUCAUUCAGUUUCUCUUAAGUCACA